GCUGCCACGUGGGUUUUCUCAACCUAGUCGGAGAGACGACGACGCAGUUGCUGUCUGUCUCUCUGCGCAUCUCAGGUCCCGGUCGAUCGAUCAGCUCCUCCUCGCUUCACAUCACCGAAGCGAGUUCCGGCGGAUCGCCGGACAUUGAUUUUCCGGCAAGCUGGAAUUGUUCGACGGGAGAGUGCACUCCUAUUGCCAAUGGCCUUUAGACAGAGCCUCUGUAAGCGAUCAGGCCUUAUUGCUCAAAGGUAUCGCGCAUCAUUUACCUAUAUUCCUCAGCGCGAUGAGGAUCAUGGAGGUAACAGGCUUGAUGUCGAUCCAAAUCAACGGAUGCUAAAGGAUGUUUCCCAACGGAGGUCCUUUGCAAGUAACGUCAAUAAGUCAGCUGUAUCCGGGCCCUUUUUCAAGAGUGGUUCAUUAUCAACUCGCUCAAGUCUCUUGUUUUCACCAAGCAUGGGGUCUUCUUUCCAUCGGUACAUGUCAACCGCAGUUGGUGAAAGCGCAGAUAAGAUUGAACUUAUAAGUGACGUAGCGGAAGUCAUUACAGAUACUACAGUACAGGCAGUUGCUUCCCAGGCACCUGCUGUUAGUGAAGUAGCUAUAGCAGCUGCAGAUUCCUACUUGCCUGUGAUGGCCUUGCAGUAUUUGAUCGACUAUGUGCACCAGUUCACUGGCUUCAACUGGUGGGCUUCCAUUGUGGUGACAACUCUCUUGAUUCGAACUGCAACAGUUCCUCUUAUGAUAAAUCAACUGAAAUCUACUACCAAACUUUCUAUAAUUAAGCCACGCAUGGAGGAGAUAAAAGCAGAAAUGGAUGCAAAGGGUAUGGAUCCAAUUGCUGUGGCUGAAGGUCAGAGAAAGAUGAAGCAAUUGUUCAAUGAAAGUGGCGUUAGUCCAUUUACACCACUGAAGGGACUGUUUAUCCAAGGCCCUAUUUUCAUCAGUUUCUUCCUUGCUGUAUCAAACAUGGCAGAAAAAGUUCCAUCGUUCAAAAGUGGUGGAGCAUACUGGUUCACAGACCUCACUACCCCAGAUACUUUAUAUAUCUUUCCAGUUUUGACAGGAUUAACAUUCUUGAUUACCGUGGAGUCCAACACGCAGGAAGGCAUGGAAGGAAACCCCAUGGCUGGUACAAUGAAGAAUGUUUUUAGGGCCUUUGCUGUUCUCACUGUUCCAUUUACAGCUUCUUUCCCAAAGGCCAUCUUUUGUUACUGGAUAACCACCAACUUUUUCUCUCUCCUGUAUGGACUUGUGCUCAAACAUACAAACCUGAAGAAGAUUGUGGGUGUCCCGGAGUUGCCCGUGGCUUCGAAACAACCCGCCCCGGAACAACCUGUCUUCUCUGUAUUCUCGGCACUCAAACAACCAACUUCUGCAGUGCAGGAACCUAACUCUGCACCUGCUCAACCAUCCAAGUUCAACGACAGAAGGAUAUCUUCUUCUUCGGUACUUAGUCAUAGGCUCAGGAGUCUGGAGAAAGAGGUGAAGGGACGAAAGAAAAGCAAGAAAAGGUGAAGAUAUUUUCAAUUUACUCGUAGUAGACCCUUUUUAUCUAUUAUUAGGAGGUGCUGAGCGGUGUUAAAUUCUUCGGACUUUUCCUACUUUUUAACAUAGAUUACAGAAUACAGUGACGCCGCCAGUCCGCCACCGGAUGGCAUUAAAAAAGAGAGUUGAGAGGAUACUGGGUCCCCUAUGUAUUUGAUUCUUUGUUAGAAUAACCGCCUUGGCCUUUGUUGUGAGUGCCAAUAGAAAAUUUUGGCGGUUCCGCUGAAUAAUCUGAUGCACACAUCGAUGUAUGAAGUCUGUAUUCUUCCUGAUGAAGGUUGUUUAAUCAUUGGGUUAAAGCAGAGAGCGAGGAACAGAGCGAUUUUGAA